AUGUUAAAGGUGUUAUUUCGUUAUCAAUUUCGAGGGUAUUCAACCGUUGAACCUAUUAUUGAGCUUAGUUCAGAAAAAUUGUGGGUUGCGUCUAAAGCUGAUAAUGCUUUACUUGAAAAACUUGUAUCGAAGAGCAUUGCUGAUAAAAUACAAGUAUCUUCUUCUUCAGAACUUCAUGAUUCCGUAUUCAAUUCAGCAAGAUGUCUUCCGAUAACGACGUUUAAUCGUAAACGAAUUUUCGAAGAGGUUGAGAGUGAUAUCAAGAUUGCAAAAUGGAGAAAACCAGUAUUGAAAUGGUGGAGAUUAAGCCGUACUGUAUACUCUACUUUCAAGGUAGGAAUCAUGGAUACGUAUCGAGUUUAUCGUGAUUCCAAAUCGCUAAGUAGUGACCUAGGAACUGAGCUUUUUAGAAAGAUAGAAUAUCUUGAAAUUGAAGCGAGGCAAAGCGGCUCACCACUCUCAUCAAGCAUUGGUAUACAAAGGAGAGAAUUCCAAGAAUGGAGACAUAGAGACCAAGUUUGGAAGUUACCAAGAUUUGGACUUUUAGUUUUAUUAUUUGAAGAAUUUUCACUUGGUUUGUUAUAUUUGUGGCCAAGCAUCUGCCCUUGGAAUUGCUUGACACCCGGAGCAUUUAAAAGAAUAUCAGAUCGCAGAGCAGGUAGAUUAGUUGUAUUACCACCAUGCGAAGGUAAAAAAGAAAGCUACCUCAGUGUAUAUACCGUUCCAAGCGCCAAUCUACUGCAAUAUAUCACCAAGAUAGGAUUAUUACCUUACUGGAAGUCAAAAGUCUACAAUUGGUCCAACACAAGGAGACCUGCUGAAAUUCUGCGCAAAUGGCAUCAAUAUUUAUUUGUUGAUAAUUGGAUUAUUUUGCGUAUACUUCUCUCAGUAAAGGAUAAACCCUUAGUAAUUAGUGAUCGAGACUUGGUUAAUAUCAUCUUUGAGCGACAGUUAUACAAUAAGGGGGAGGAUUUGAAUGCCAUGGUUCAAACUAAAAACGGCCAACAGCUCAUGUUAAGCAGACUGUUUAUCUACCUAAGCUGGCAUUUUAACGACACAGUCAGCGUAGGAGGAACGAAAUUGUUCAGUGAAAAAUGGGGCGUUAAUAAUGUGGGCGUCCUAAAUUUCCCAGGGUCGGCAGAGUUACUUUGCCUUAGCAACUUGAAAAAUAUUAUGCAAGUUGGGACAUGA